GGGUCAUCCGUUUUGUUCUGCCGACCGGAUAAACGCAAAUGAGGAGAAGAGGACAGGAAGAAAGAUCCCCACCUGAUCAAUCAAUCAUCAUGAAGCCCAAGUGACAGUCUCAAAGCAUGAGGGGCUUUCCGCUUCGGCUGUCCCUUUGGAAUUCAUUGACUCAAAACCCAACAACCACCCAACGACUUGCAAAUAGAACAAACUCCAGAUUCUCGACAAUCUCCCCAUUGAAAAUGCGUCUGCCCUACGCCCCCUCCGAGCCCCCCGCAUCCGACCCCGACGCGGCAGACAUCUACGCCCGGAUUGCAGCCCGUCGCAACCCCCGCCCUCUCAUCCCGCUCGAUCUAUCUCUGCUGCACUCGCCCCCUGUCGCUGAUGGCUGGAAUAGCUUCCUCGGUGCCAUCCGGACACGCACCAUUAUUGACCAAGGACUCCUGGAACUCGCCGUCUCUCGCGUGGCGGUCUUGACUGGGGCAGUCUACGAAUGGAAUGCUCAUGCCCCCCUGGCUUUGAAGGGCGGAAUCCAAGCGCCAGAGCUACAGGCCGUGCGCACCCUCCCCUCCACCGCUGUCGGAGAAGCUGCAGAGCUAUCGAAAGCCAAGGAGGCCUUGGCACAAAGUGCCUUGACUCCCAAGCAAAAGGCGAUCGUGCAGUAUGCGGACGAGAUGACACAGACGGUCAAGGUCCAAGAUUCGACUUUUGCGCAAUUGCAGACGGAGGGUUUCUCGGAUCGUGAGAUUGUCGAGUUGACGACCGGUAUUGCGGGGUAUAACUGUGUUAGCCGCGUGUUGGUUGCUUUGGAUGUUGGAGAGAACAAUGCCAAGGAGAUGAAGAGUGUGGAUGAGUUGGUUGCCAACCUAUAGCGGUUGUUGUCCAUCUGUUGUGCUAGUUGUUCGAUACGACGUAUAAUGAAUUCUACCGGAGUGUUUGCAGUGUGC